AUGGAGAUAUCAGAGGAUCAGCUGUCUGUAGAAGAAGUGAAACAAUGGACGCCCAUACGCUUUGCUGAGGAAACAUGCGCUUGGACGUGGGUCGAGAAGUUUCUCCAGGGAGGCGUCCCUCUGAGACAUUUGGAAGCAACGAGGAGGAAGCUCCAGAAUGAGGACUCUGCAACAGAUGUAGUGAGGACAGCGUGUGCCUCAGGUCUGUUACAUCUUCUGCAGUACGCCCUCUCAGUUGAUCCCUCUUUAGCAAAGGUAAGACUGGACACAGAAGGUACGACGCCAUUGCACGUGGCCGCCACCAACAGACGAGGCGCAGUGGUGCGUGUACUAGUGGAUGCAGGCGCAGAUAUCGACUGCAAAACCGGCAACGGUCGGACACCACUGCACGCCGCAGCAUCGGUGGGUGCUGCAGACACUGUGCGCAUCUUAUUAAAAUAUGGAGCCCACUUGAGGGAGACAGACCGAGAUGGGAAGACUGCCAUGCAGCUCGCAACGGAAAAUGGUCAUUUGCACAUCGCCAAGACGAUGGAAAUCCACGGCGGAAAUGUGAACAAGAUUAUGCGUGACAUGGUUAGGGCAGGUCAGGCAGGAGAUGUGAAGACUGUGCGGGAGCUUUGGCCAUUGACCACCCAGGCAGGCCCCGGAGAGUGGACGCAUCUCCACUGGGGGACUAUAAGAGGCACCAUAACUCUACUGAACGCGUUCUUGGCUGCGGGGAUGGACCCGAACGUGAUCAGAAUGUCAUUGGUUGAUACAUCAGAGUCUAGAGUUGUGAAUCUGAACAGAAAAGACCCGGACGCUUAA